AUGGCGACGACUAUUCCCGCGCAGCGCCAGGCGCAGCAGCCCGUCGUGGAACACGAGAUGGAGCCGCGGCCGUCCGUCACUCGCGAGGCAUACAAGCCGGCCGACAAGCUCAAGGGUAAGAUCGCACUGAUCACGGGAGGCGAUUCAGGCAUUGGGCGGAGCGUUGCACACCACUUUGCACUGGAGGGAGCGGCGGUGGCGUUCACGUACGUGUCGCCGCGGGAGGACAAGGACGCCCAGGAGACCCUCCGCUUGCUGCGCGACGCCCAGCGCCCCGAGCACAAGCAGCCGCUCGCCAUCCCCGUGGACCUCGGGCACCACGACCAGUGCAAGGAGGUGGUGCGGAAGGUGGCGGAGCACUUUGGGGGGGACAUAGACGUGCUGGUGAACAACGCAGCGGAGCAGCACACCCACAAGACCCUCGAGGAGAUCUCCCCUGAGGAGUGGGACCGCACCUUCAAGACCAACAUCCACGCCUACUUCUACAUGGCAAAGUAUGCUCUGCCGCACAUGAAGGAGGGUAGCUGCAUCAUUAACACCACAUCAGUUGCCGCCUACAGUGGCAAUCCCACUCUCCUCCCCUACUCCACCACCAAGGCUGCCAUUGUUGGUCUCACUCGCUCGCUCGCACUCAUGGUGGUUGAUAAGGGGAUCCGCGUGAAUGGUGUGGCGCCGGGACCUGUGUGGACGCCUCUCGUCCCUGCCUCCUACGAGGAGAAGCACGUGGAAGGGUUUGGCAAGCAGGUGCCCAUGAAGAGGGUGGCCCAGCCGGAUGAGAUCGCCCCGUCCUAUGUGUUCCUGGCAUGCGAUGACUCCUCGUACUUCACCGGCCAAAUGCUCCACCCCAAUGAUGGGGUCGUCAACAGCAUGGCUGUCGGCGCGCUCUUCAAGGACUAUAACGGUCGGAUCAACUCAAUGGAUUUUCAUCGGACGGAGGACCUUCUCGUGACGGCUAGUGAUGACGAGUCCAUCCGAGUCUAUGACACGUCAAAUGCCACCCUGGUGAAGACGAUUCACAGCCGCAAGUAUGGAGUGGAUCAGGUGGUCUUCACUCACCACCCCUCAGCCGUGCUCUACUCCUCCAAAAACGGCUGGGAUGAAUCGCUGCGCUAUCUAUCCCUCUACGACAAUCGUUAUCUACGCUACUUCAAAGGUCAUCGGGACAAAACGACUCCUUCCCCUCUCUCUCGACACUCUCCUUGGCUCAUUGUCCCUGUUGCACUCUCGCCCCUCUCUCACCUGCAGAGUCGUCUCUCUGUGCAUAUCCCUCCAGAACCACUGCCCUUUUCUCCUCCCCCCCUCGAUUAUGCUGUUCCACUCAUUUCCCGUCCAGCGCUCUGUUGUCCCCCAUCCAAUCGACUUUCUCCCUUCCUCGCCAGAGUCGUCUCCCUGUGCAUGUCACCCAAAAACGACUCCUUCCUCUCAGGAGCCCUCGACCACACUGUCCGACUGUGGGACCUCAGAACGUGCGAGUGCCAGGGUCUCAUGCACGUGAGGGGGCGGCCAGCAGUGGCAUGCGAUCAGCAGGGGCUCGUUUGCUUCACCCUUGCGUUGUUUCCCAAUGCUCCGCCCAUCCUUCCUCACAUCCCAUGGAUCUCUCGUAUUGUCCCAUCUUCCCAUCUUCCCCCCACGCAGGGCUUAAUGCGAGUGAGGGGGCGGCCAGCAGUGGCAUUCGAUCAGCAGGGGCUCGUCUUUGCAGUGGCCAUGGGGGGAGGCGCGGUGAAGCUGUUUGAUGCUCGCUCGUACGAGAAGGGUCCCUUUGAUACAAUGCUGGUGGGCGGGGACGAGGACGAGGAUGAGGGUCCCUUUGACACAAUGCUGGUGGGGGGAGACGAGGACGAGGUGACAUCCAUCAAGUUCAGCAACGAUGGCAACCAGAUCCUCGUCUGCACUCUCAACGGCCGCAUAUACCUGCUGGACGCGUUUGAAGGGCAGAAGAAUGUACAUGCCCUCCCUCCCUCCCUCCCGCCCUCCCUCCCUCCCGCCCUCCCUCCCUCCCGCCCUCCCUCCCUCCCUCCCUCCCUCCCUCCCUCCCUCCCUCCCUCCCUCCCUCUCUCCCUCCCUCCCUCCCUCCCUCCCUCCCUCCCUCCCUCCCUCCCUCCCUCCCUCCCGCCUCCCUCCCUCCCUCCCUCCCUCCCUCCCUCCCUCCCUUCCUCCCUCCCUCCCUCCCUCCCUCCCUCCCUCCCUCCCUCCCUCCCUCCCUCCCUCCCUCCCGCCCUCCCUUCCUCCCUCCCUCCCUCCCUCCCUCCCUCCCUCCCUCCCUCCCUCCCUCCCUCCCUCCCUCCCUCCCUCCCUCCCUCCCGCCAUCCCUCCCUCCCGCCCUCCCUCCCUCCCUCCCUCCCUCCCUCCCUCCCUCCCUCCCUCCCUCCCUCCCUCCCUCCCUCCCUCCCUCCCUCCCUCCCUCCCUCCCUCCCUCCCUCCCUCCCUCCCUCCCUCCCUCCCUCCCUCCCUCCCUCCCUCCCUCCUCCCUCCCUCCCUCCCUCCCUCCCUCCCUCCCUCCCUCCCUCCCUCCCUCCCUCCCUCCCUCCCUCCCUCCCUCCCUCCCUCCCUCCCUCCCUCCCUCCCUCCCUCCCUCCCUCCCGCCCUCCCUUCCUCCCUCCCUCCCUCCCUCCCUCCCUCCCUCCCGCCCUCCCUCCCUCCCGCCCUCCCUCCCUCCCUCCCUCCCUCCCUCCCUCCCUCCCUCCCUCCCUCCCUCCCUCCCUCCCUCCCUCCCUCCCUCCCUCCCUCCCUCCCUCCCUCCCUCCUUACCUCCCUCCCUCCCUCCCUCCCUCCCUCCCUCCCUCCCUCCCUCCCUCCCUCCCUCCCUCCCUCCCUCCCUCCCUCCCUCCCGCCUCCCUCCCUCCCUCCCUCCCUCCCUCCCUCCCUCCCUCCCUCCCUCCCUCCCUCCCUCCCUCCCUCCCUCCCUCCCUCCCUCCCUCCCUCCCUCCCUCCCUCCCUCCCUCGCUCCCUCCCUUCUUCCCUCCCUCCCUCCCUCCCACUCCUCCCCCUCUUCACUGGUGCCUGAACAAUGGCUCGGGUGAUGGCACGGUGAAGGCUUGGAGUGCCACCACUGGCGCUCAGGUGGCAACCUGGGGUAACCAUGUUGGGGUGCCAUCGGUGGUAAAAUGGGCCCCACGUCGGCUCAUGUUUGCCACAGCAUCCGUGCUACUAGCUCUCUGGAUACCCGACUUAUCCAAGAUCCCAAGGCCCGGGUGA